GGGGAGAGGAAGAAGAGGGCACAGACUCAGAUUCCCAUGGCGUGUUUAUGAGUGCCUGACCUCUCUGCCAGGCUGUCUCACGCACCGUAAUGUCUUAAGUCCCGCAAUAGCUCUGUGAGACGGGGAUGGUAGCCCGAGUUCUACAGAUACAGAAACCGAAGUGCGGAGAAGUGAUGUGCCGGAAGGCGCACAGCCAGUGAGUGGCACGGCCUGUCAGAGCUGGAGUUGUUUUGAGGGAAACAAGCCAAAGGUCUCCUUCCUUCAAAAGCAGGUCACCAGACUCUGAGUCCCGGCUUCCCCACUUACUGCUGUGUGCUUGGCGCACUGCUCACCUCUGAGAUGAAGCUGAUGGAGUUUAUCUCCUGGGGCUGCAUGAGCAGGACUGAAGAUAAAGGAAGUGAAAGCCCCUUCGGGCCUCACGUUGUUUAAAGUUCCUAAGUAGCAGCUAUUGUCAUUAUUACGAGAGGAGGAGCCUGGCUGGGCAGUUUUCUCUGCUCCUGGGAAGGUGACUUUGUGAAGGGCAGUUGGGUCUUGUUCCAAACUGCUGGCCUCAGUGAGGGCAGGGUGGCCUUCAGGCGGUGGGAGCCAGUUGUUCUGUUCCUUUGUUCAGUAGCCGCAUCCACAGCUCCAUCUUUGUGCCCAGCCCCGCGCGGUCACUGGGCCGCGGGGAGUGCCGGGCUGUGCAGUGACGGGGCAGUAUCAGGGAAGCACAGCCCGGGAGCUCUGUGCACUGCCUGACUCAGGCAGCAGGUCAGGGCAGGCCAAGGAGGGGCUGCCAUAGGCAAAUGGAAAUUUGCCGAGCAAAGUAGGGCUGAGGAAAGGAAUUCUAGGUAGUGACCUAGAAGAGCGAAGUUCCAUAGGUGAAUAAGUGCUUCCAAGUCUAUGACAGGAAGUGUCCAGGUGGAUGGCACUGUCUUGGGAGGUCUGAGAUAUAUCUUAAGGGCAGUGUGAAACCAGGGAAGGAUUUAAGGGGGUGUCACCUGGCCAGAUUUCCGUUUAUAAAGGUCUUCAGACUUAUAAGGGCUGGACUGGAUAGGAGGCAAAGUCCAGGAAGGAAGGAAGGAAGGAAGCAAGCAAGCUGUAAGAGACCUGAAUGAGGGAAUGGGUCAAGGUGGCAAAACUGACCGUGCCUGCCUCUUGCGGUGUGGCCUCCCAAGCACGCAUCACAGGUGGUAACAGUGCAACCCCUGGCCAGUGGCCCUGGCAGGUCAGCAUCCUCUUUGAUGGCAUUCACGUGUGUGGCGGUUCUCUCGUGUCUGAGCAGUGGGUACUGUCGGCUGCCCACUGCUUUCCAAGGGAGCACCACAAGGAUGACUACGAAGUAAAGCUAGGGGCCCACCAGCUGGACUCCUACACCCCUGCGGCCGAGGUUCGCACCGUGGAAAAGGUCAUUUCCCACCCCAGCUACCGCCAUGAGGGCUCCCAGGGGGACAUCGCACUCCUCCGUCUCAGCAGCCCCAUCACCUUCUCCCGCUACAUCCGGCCCAUCUGCCUCCCUGCAGCCAACGCCUCCUUCCCCAAUGGCCUCCAAUGCACUGUCACUGGAUGGGGCCACGUGGCCCCCUCAGUGAGCCUCCAGGCCCCCAGGAUACUACAGCAACUUGAGGUGCCACUGAUCAGUCGGGAGACAUGUAACUGCUUGUACAACCUCAAUGCCAAGCCUAAUGAGCCCCACUCUAUCCAGCAGGACAUGGUGUGUGCUGGCUAUGUAGAGGGGGGCAAGGAUGCCUGCCAGGGUGAUUCUGGGGGCCCACUCUCCUGCCCUGCUGGGGGCCUCUGGUACCUGGCAGGCAUUGUGAGCUGGGGUGAUGCCUGUGGGGCCCCCAACAGGCCUGGCGUGUACACGCUGACCUCCAGCUAUGCCUCCUGGAUUCACCACCAUGUAGCGGAGCUCCAGCCUCAGGUGGUCACCCCGCUCCAGGAGUCCCAGCCAGACAUCCACCUCUGCAGAAGCCACGUGGCCUUCAGCUCUGCUCCAGGCCGGGGUUUGUUGGGGCUCACCCUUUUGCUAUCACUAGCCCUGAUCCUGGGCCUCCUCUAGCCAUGGUGGGAGCACUGAGCUACUCACCCGGGGGUUGACCCUGUUUCCAGAACUGCCCUAUUGUACACAAGGACGGACGCCUGUUCCCAGGAAUGGACCUGGCCCCUCCUUGACACUGUGUGGGCCUGAGGCUCUAGUCACUCCUUCCUCCCAGGACCCUGUAGGAGCUCAGGGACCAUCAUGGCCUUUGAGCCCCCACUCCUGGGUUUAUUCUUUGGGACUUUAACCCAGAGCCAGUUUUACUGCCUGUGCUACUGGCUAGAACCUCUGGCCACCAGCUGUCCACAAGCCUAUUGGUUGGGCUCCUAUGGAGCUCCCAAGGAGCCUUAGGAAAUGGGCCCUGGCUCUUAUGUUUCUGGAGGACUGGGCAGCUGCCCACCUGACUGCUGCUGACGGGCUGGAUCCCGUGCCCGACACGCUCUGCCUGAUGAGCCCCAUCACUUUGCCCUCCUGUUGUCUUCUGGGUUGGAGCUGCCUCUGAGCAGCAUGUUUCCAAGGACAAAAAAGGCCCCAAUCUUGCCCCAUUGGCUGCCAAGCCCCCACUGCGCCCUGAUUUCUGGACUCCGGAGGACUGAGCCCCCACCGGAACUGGGCUCGAGCUUGGAUCUGGCAGAGGGUAGAAGGAACAAGAAGGAAUAAAAUGUUUUGAGCAUAA